ACGUGCUAAUGUUUUGUUGUAUUUCUCUGAAUCAAGUGCCCCAGCACAGUUGGUCUGUAAAAAUAGUGCAUUAAAUACGGCACAAACGCUACAAAAUGCUUCGUCGGCAGGCGCGUUUACGCCGAGAGUAUCUUUUCCGAAAGGCAGUUGAAAACAAACACAAAACCAUACAGGACAAGAAGGAACGCAUUAAACGUUCGCUUGAGGAGCACAUACCGAUACACGGCGAUCUCAAAAAGGAUGCAUUAGCGCUGCAGGAAAAGCUUAAGUGGACCGACGAGGGUCCCAAACGGGCUGCCGAAAUCGGAGGCAUCAGCGGUGGAGCAAACACGGCAGAUUCCAAGGACGACGAGUACCGGUACGCCGGCUGCGAGGAUCCGAAGAUCAUGAUCACAACGUCACGCGAUCCCUCCUCCCGCCUGAUACAGUUCGUGAAGGAGCUGCGGCUCAUCUUUCCCAACGCGCAGCGAAUGAACCGCGGUAACUUCGAAAUGAAGCAGCUCGUGCACGCCUGCCGGGCAAACAACGUGACGGAUUUCAUCGUGGUGCACGAGCACAGCGGCGUACCGGACAACCUCGUAAUCUGCCAUCUGCCGUACGGGCCGACGGCAAGCUUCAACAUUUCCGGGGUGGUAAUGCGCCACGACAUUCCGGACAUUGGUACGAUGAGCGAGCAGAAGCCGCACCUGAUCUUCCACAACUUCAAAACGAAGCUGGCCGAACGAACGAUGUCCAUCCUGCGGUAUCUGUUCCCGGUGCCGAAGGAAGACUCGAAGCGCGUCAUGACGUUCGCUAAUCAUGACGAUUUUAUCAGCUUCCGGCAUCACACCUUCCGCAUGGUGGACAAGCAGCUGGAGCUGACGGAGUGUGGGCCGCGCUUCCAGCUGAAGCUGUACCAGAUCAAGCUCGGCACGGUGGACGAGCUGGACGCGGCCGACACGGAGUGGGUAUAUAGACCGUACAUGAACACGGCAGCAAAGCGGCGCUUCCUCUCGGACGAUGAUGGUUGGCAGGAAGAUGGUGCAACGCAAGGAUAGGCGGUAGAAUGUAAGGAAACACGUAUAGCUCCAUCGCAUGCAUGUAUGCGCGGGGCGUAAUAAAGCAUACAAACGUG